AAGAAGAUGCCAGCAGGCCUGGAAACUCACGCAUGAAUAAGAAGACAAUCGAAACCAGAAUGGAUAGGCACGUAAGCACGUUCUACCUGGCUUUUCUGCUGCUAGCCACAGUUGCCCUGGGAAAUGCCCAAACCAGUCUACUCACCGUCGAUUCCCAUGACAUCACCGUUCUCCUGAACACAAACGAGACAUUUGUGGUAUUCGCCAACGGAUUAUUAACGACCGAUGUGCAAGUAACGCUGGGAACGGAUUCCGAAGAUCACUUGGAUCUGGACCCUGCGUCGUUUAUCUAUCCCGCCGGCGGUACCCAGAAUCAGUCGGUGGUGAUAACAGGCCGGAUUGCCGGUUAUGUCAAAGUAACAGCCGAUAGCGAUGCUGCAAACACAGAGAUCGUUAAGGACGUCUUUGUCCGGGUGACUGUGGCCAAAUCUAGGGCCCUUAUAUACACCUCUAUCGUUUUUGGAUGGGUGUACUUUGUGGCCUGGUCGGUGUCCUUUUAUCCCCAAAUAUGGAUCAACUACCGCCGCAAGUCCGUGGAGGGCCUGAACUUUGACUUCCUGGCCCUAAACAUUGUGGGUUUCACCCUCUACAGCAUGUUCAACUGCGGCCUUUAUUUCAUCGAGGGUCUGCAGAAGGAGUACGAGGAUCGGUAUCCUUUAGGCCUGAAUCCUGUGAUGCUCAACGAUGUGGUGUUCUCCCUACACGCCAUGUUUGCCACCACCAUAACGAUUUUGCAGUGCUGCUUCUAUCAGAGAGCUCAGCAAAAGGUGUCGUUCAUUGCCUAUGGAAUCCUGGCAAUCUUUGCCGUGGUGGUAAUUGUGUCCGCCGGUUUGGCCGGAGGAGCCGUCAUCCACUGGCUGGACUUUCUGUACUACUGCAGCUACGUCAAGCUGACCAUCACUAUUAUAAAGUACGUGCCACAGGCUUUGAUGAACUACCGAAGGAAGAGCACUUCCGGCUGGAGCAUCGGCAACAUCCUGCUGGAUUUUACUGGUGGUACUCUGAGCAUGCUGCAAAUGAUCCUGAAUGCCCAUAACUACGAUGACUGGGUGUCCAUAUUCGGAGAUCCCACCAAAUUCGGACUGGGUCUGUUCUCGGUUCUCUUUGAUAUUUUCUUCAUGCUGCAGCACUACGUGUUUUACAGGCAUUCGAGAGAAUCCUCGAGUUCUGACCUCACUACCGUGACAGAAGCCCCAAAUCGAUCAAAUGAGCCAAGUGAUGUGACGACUGAGAAAUAUUAGAGCUGUAAUAUGUGUGCAGUAGAAGACUUUUGUGCCAGUAGUGCUUUUUUGUACAUUCUAGAUUUGUAAAUAUAUAUACAUAAGCUUAAUAUAA